GGUACUGGCCUGGUCGGGGUGUGACUGGAGCUUUCCCUGCUUUGUUUUCCAGGGGUCUGCUACACAAUAUUUGACCUGGGCUUCCGCUUUGAUGUGGCCUGGUUCCUGACGGAGACCUCGCCCUUCAUGUGGGCCUGCCUGGGCAUCGGCCUGGCCAUCUCGCUCUCUGUGGUGGGCGCUGCCUGGGGGAUUUACAUCACCGGCUCCAGCAUCAUCGGGGGCGGUGUCAAGGCCCCGCGCAUCAAAACCAAGAACCUGGUCAGUAUCAUCUUCUGCGAGGCUGUGGCCAUCUACGGGAUCAUCAUGGCCAUUGUCAUCAGCAACAUGGCUGAGUCUUUCACCGGCACCACUCCGGAGUCCAUCGGAGCCAGAAACUACCAUGCAGGCUUCUCCAUGUUCGGGGCGGGGCUGACGGUGGGGCUGUCCAACCUGUUCUGCGGGGUGUGCGUGGGCAUUGUGGGCAGCGGGGCCGCGCUGGCUGACGCGCAGAACGCCAGCCUCUUCGUCAAGAUCCUCAUCGUGGAGAUCUUCGGCAGCGCCAUCGGCCUCUUCGGUGUCAUCGUCUCCAUCCUGCAGACCUCUAAAGUAAAGAUGGGGGACUGAGCCCCGGCCCACCUCUGCUCUGCUCAGCCCAGGGCGGCUGUACAUAGAUAUUUAAUAUUCCCUCCUGGGGCAGGCACUGACCCCUGCCCCGUGUGGAGCCCUGGGCCCCCCCACUCCUUCCUGCUGGAGGAACCAGUCGUCUGUGUGUGACCCCCUGCCCCCAGCCGCCCGGGCCGGCGGGGCCCACCGCGCUACCGCCUGCCCUGGUACGUGUGCAACCUGCUUGCCGUGCUGCUCCGUGUCUGUGCAGUAAACGUGGUUCUUCUCCCUG